GGAACAGGGAGAGAGGGAGAAAGGCAGACACAGAAGGAAACAGGCUAACAAGGUAGAAGAAGGGAAGACAAGCACUUUACCAACUCUUGCUCCAUCUUAGGUCUGAAGAAAUUUUAACAGAAGCUGUUUGCAGAGCUGUGAAGAAAAAAAUGAAAUAAGAAAAGAGAAACUCAGCAAAAUGUGUUUUUACGUGAAAAACGCUACCUGAAGACCACUUCCCUGACACCAGUGUGCCAUCUGCAAGUUCUUUCUCACAAUUUCUAAAGAACGCAUUCACUGGAACUGACUGAAAGACUGAGGGAAAACAGCUGUGAAAUGAAGAAAUGAAUCUCCUUUUAAAUAAACUUUUUCAUCUUCUUACAAGAAGAUUUUAAGUCUAAAGAGUCUAUCUCAAUACCGUAGAGACAGCAUAUGGACAGUUUUUAAGAAUACAUAUUGCUAAAAGUUUACACACCACUUGGAUUAGGUAACCAUUAAUUUAAUUUUGCUGCCGUUUCUCUCAAGUGCGUAACUUUAUUCACUCUGGGAAAUGGAAGAGGAUCUUUCAAGCAUUUCCAGUUUAUCCAACUCUCCGGCUGAUUCCAUAGUUACCAGCAGGAUGGAGGACAGCAGACCAGAUAAAAGCCCCGCCCCCUGCAAGGCCCUGAGCCCCGCCCUCCUGUGUAAAGUGUGUGGCGAUACGAGCAGCGGCAAACACUACGGAAUCUACGCCUGUAACGGCUGCAGCGGAUUCUUCAAGCGCAGCGUGCGUAGGAAGCUAAUUUACAGGUGCCAGGCUGGCACAGGAAUGUGCCCUGUAGACAAAGCACACCGUAACCAGUGCCAAGCAUGCCGGCUGAAGAAGUGCCUCCAGUCUGGCAUGAAUAAAGAUGCUGUCCAGAACGAGAGGCAGCCACGUAGCACGGCUCAGGUCAGACUGGACACAAUUGACGUGGACCCAGAGAAAGAGCAUCUGACAUCUGCAAGAGAGCCCACUUCAUCCUCCUGUCCAGCUGCACCACGACCCGUAAUUACUUCAUCCAUGUCUACACCAUCUCAACAUUCACUUAGUCCUCAGAACAAUCAUCGGUUCAUGGCCAGCCUCAUGACAGCAGAGACUUGUGCAAAACUUGAACCUGAAGAUGUGGAUGAAAACAUUGACGUGACAAGCAAUGAACCGGAACAGAACUCCUCUGAAUACCAGAUGUCUCUCUAUCCUUUAAACAGCCCAGAAAAUGUGUAUGAGACUUCUGCUCGACUCCUCUUCAUGGCUGUUAAGUGGGCAAAAAAUCUGCCGGUCUUCUCCAACUUGCCAUUUAGGGAUCAGGUCAUUCUACUUGAGGAAGCAUGGAGUGAGCUGUUCCUGCUGUGUGCCAUUCAGUGGUCUUUGCCUUUGGACAACUGUCCCUUACUGUCGGUGCCUGAACUUUCAGCUAACCUGCAGGGAAAGACCAACUUCUCAAGUGCUGACCUGCGUGUCCUCCAAGAGAUCUUCAGUCGCUUCAAAGCUCUUACCGUUGACCCGACAGAAUUUGCAUGUCUGAAGGCCAUUGUCCUUUUCAAACCAGAAACACGAGGCUUGAAAGACCCCGAACAAGUGGAGAACCUCCAAGACCAGUCCCAGGUGAUGCUAGGACAACAUAAUCGUACACACCACCCCUGCCAGCCUGUCAGGUUUGGGAAGCUCCUGCUGUUACUUCCUUCGCUGCGAUUUGUGAAUUCUGAAAGGAUAGAACUGCUCUUCUUCCAUAGGACAAUUGGCAAUACACCAAUGGAGAAGCUCCUGUGUGAUAUGUUCAAGAAUUAGUGGACAACACACUGCAUGAAGAAGAGGCCUUGGUGCCCAGAAGAAGAGAGAACUUCACUUUUCUUAGGCUGCGGGACCCUCAGCAGCACACACGACUGGACGGCUCCUGAAGACACACGACUGCCAUUUAUUACAUGUAAAGCGGGAUCACGCUUAGCAAUUCCCUCGACACCCUAAUUUAAUGGAGCUGUGAU